AUGCCUCCUCGCAACCAUGGAAAGAAGAGAGCUGCCGAGACCCCUCAGAAGACAUCUAAGAGGCAAAAGGUGGCCUCUAAGCAUGUUGAGUUUGACAAUGGAGCUGUUAUGACCCAGUUUAGGCUGUCUGGUGAAUUCUCAUCUGAGGAUGCUGUCCAAGGUUCCCCAGCAAAGAAGAGAGGUGGUAGAAAAGGUCCAGGAGUUCAGGAUGUUGCUGAAGGAGAGGUGCUCAUGGCAUUUGCGUCGCCCCGGAGAGGUUGUGCCAAUCACCAGCACGAUCCAAGUGGGGAGAGCUCGAUAGACAAAUUUGUUCCAGUUGCUGAUAGUUGUGAAUACAUCAACAUUGAUAUUGCGGACGACUCUGAAGACUCGCCUACUAGUCCAACGCCAGCUGCAGGCUCUUCACGUGAUCUCCUGCCUGCUCCUGCCAUCCCAACUCGCAAGCCAGCAGGCCCUCCCAAUUCACCUGUUGCUGGUCAGCAUCAGAAAUCGCCUCAUGGGCCUGCAGGCAACAGACAAGGCAAGCAAGCUAAGGAUGUCUGGCCCUUUAUUGAGACAGAUGAGAAUGGACGCAAGAAAUGCAAGUUUUGCUUGUUUAUGCAUGAACAGAAUCCUCAUCACCAUGUGUCCACCUGGACUACUGCAGGCACAGACAACCCCGAAAGCACUUCCAAGAUGCUCAUCUUGACGAGUGGGUGGAGGCGUGCGAUAAGGCGCAAGUCAAAAUCACAGCGAAGUGUGCUACGGCACAAGUUGAAGCCUGGAGGCGACGUCAACGUGGACAACUAG